AUGCAUUUCAAUUAACUGAUGCGCUUUUCAUGUCUGUUUGAGUUCUUUGACCACACCGAGACCGGCACAAGCUACCCCAACAUGUUUCAUUUGGUGCUCUAUAUCCUAGUUAUCAUUUACUUGAACACCUGCAUCUACUUUGCCAUCUCUAAGUCUCUGGGAUUUGGAUCCGACCAGUGGGUCUACCCAAACAUAUCUGAUCCUGAGUUUGGGACACUCACUCGAGGAUGCGUCUACUGCCUCUACUGGUCAACCCUCAACUUGACGACCGUUGAGGAAGUGCCAGCUCCAGUGCGGGAUGAGGAGUAUCUUUUUGUUGUUUUUGAUUUCCUUGUUGGUGUUCUCAUUUUUGCCACCAAUUUUGGUAAUAUAGGAGCCAUGAUAUCAAACAUGAAUGCCACACGGGCCGAGUUCCAGGCUCACAUCGAUGCCAUCAAACACUACAUGCAGUUCAGAAAGGUCAGCAAAGAGCUCGAAGCCAGAGUCAUCAAAUGGUUCGACUACUUGUGGACCAACAAGAAAGCAAUUGAUGAGCAGGAUGUCCUAAAGAAUCUGCCCAACAAACUGCGGGCUGAGAUCGCUAUCAAUGGGCAUCUGGACACACUGAAGAAGGUCAGAAUCUUCCAGGACUGUGAAGCUGGGCUUUUGGUUGAACUGGUGCUCAAGCUGCGGCCACAGGUCUUCAGUCCCAGAGACUACAUCUGCCGAAAGGAAGACAUAGGAAAAGAGAUGUACAUCAUCAAAGAGGGUCGCCUUGCUGUUGUGGCCGAUGAUGGGGUGACCCAGUUUGCACACUUGACGGCCGGCAGCUGCUUUGGCGAGAUUAGCAUCCUCAAUAUCAAAGGCAGCAAAAUGAGCAACCGACGCACAGCUAACAUCUGUAGCACUGGCUACUCUGACCUCUUCUGUUUGUCAAAGAAUGACCUGAUGGAGGCUGUAAUGGAGUAUCCGGAUGCUAAGAAAGCUCUGGAAGAGAGGGGAAGACAGAUCCUUCUGAAGGAGGGUCUGCUGGAGGAGUUGGACACAGGUGGAAUUGGAGAAGAACAGGUUGAGGAGAAAGUGGAGAGGUUAGAAGCUUCUCUUGAAAUACUACAGACUCGGUUUGCUCGGUUACAGGCUCAGUACACAGCGACUCAACAGCACCUGAAGCAGAGACUUACAGCACUGGAGUGUAGGACACGGCACUCUGGCAGCGGAUUCCUCUCGGAUGGCAAUGAAAGCACUGUUGAUGGUGACGGUACACACAGUGAGGCCAACAUCCAGCUCUGA